AUGUCUAAAGCUCCCUGGGUUAAAGCACAGUACAAAGUCCAGGCAGCGGAACAGAUCGAGAAGAAACAAGAGAGGAAGUUGAAGAGCACUACCAUCACGGUGAAGGAUACGGAACCGGAGACGCUCAAUACACAAUAAAUUAGGAAGGGUUGUAGAAGACCCAGAUUACUAGCCAAGUCGUAACCGUUGUCUCCAUUGACCAUUAGUGAAUUUAUCCGUAGCAAUAAACAAUAAAGUUUUAGAUGUUUAUUGGAUAGUUUUGUUGUA